UUCUGCAAACCAAACAGAAGCAGAGAGAUCCGAGAGGGAAAAACCACACAGCCCUUCAGCUACCUACGCUCCUCCAAGCUCGUCAAUGGCUACGAUCCCGGUUAACCCGAAACCUUUUUUGAACAAUUUGACUGGAAAGACUGUCAUUGUGAAGCUCAAAUGGGGGAUGGAGUACAAAGGUUUUCUUGUCUCUGUGGAUUCUUACAUGAACUUGCAGUUGGCCAAUACGGAAGAGUUUAUUGAUGGACAAUUCACUGGAAAUCUUGGUGAAAUUUUGAUCAGGUGUAACAAUGUUCUUUAUCUUCGUGGAGUGCCAGAGGACGAAGAAAUUGAAGACGCUGAACGUGAUUAAGAAGUGGCAUUUGCAGCAAUGGUUUAUAUAGAACUUUUAAGUUAAUCCCUCUUCUGCUUUUUUCAACCUGUAGUGACAACCUUGUAGUUGUAUUGAAUGUAGAGCUCAUAUCAGAAGUUCGACUUGAUUCAUGUCCAUUAAAGAUCCAUUAACAAAGAAAUUGUUCCCGCACUUUGCUUGUAGUCGCCUGUUUGUUCAGGUUUAUGCCAUUGUUGGGGUGGUUUUACCCAUACUGUUUGACUUAAUGGUCCUUGCCGCAAGUGCUAUUAUUUCACGUGAUCCUUGGUUCUUGGGGUCUAAUAGA